GUAAAAAAAUGUAUUCAAUUGAAAUACUAUUAACUAUACUUUGUAUUUGUAUUGUAAGUCAUCUAUCGAUUGGCAAAUCCAUAGAUUUUGAUGACGAAAGAGUUGGUAUAAUUGGUGGACACGAUGCCCGACCGGGAGAUAACCCACACAUGUGCUCAAUGAGAAUCAAUGGCAAUCAUUAUUGCGGUGCAUCUAUUAUAGGGGACAGUUGGGCCGUCACAGCAGCACAUUGUAUCGUUGGUUUAACGCCACCAUAUUUAUCACUACAUUGUGGUACAACUGAUCGCACAAAACAGGGCCGGGAUUAUAAUAAUGUGUCCAGGGUCAUUUGGCAUGAACACUUUGACUAUAAGGUCGAUUUGGUCAAUGAUAUUGGCCUGAUUGAAAUUAAAGGCAAAUUUGACAUGGAUAAUAAAUAUAUCAAUAAGAUAGCACUGCCUGUCCAGGGCUAUGAUCAACCGGCCGGUGUUAAUGUGACUUCAGUUGGCUGGGGUUACACUGAGUAUAAUAUUAAUAUAACUAAACAUGAAUUUCCACAAACAUUACAAACAGUCGAUAUGCCUGUUGUGGACCGGGAUGUAUGUCUUGAGGUUUAUCAAGAUUUUUUCAAAGAAAUCGGACAAAAUUAUACUAUUGAUGUGAGAACUGUAUGCGCCGGUGGACAUGGAGGUCAUAAUGUGUGCGAUCAUGAUUCUGGAUCGCCACUAAAAUUUAAUAAUAUGUUAAUUGGUUUAACCUCAUGGGGCAAACAUUGUGCUAUACCUGGCUAUCCCACUGUGUAUACAGCUGUAGGUCAAUAUAGAGAUUGGAUAAAGAAUCACACUGGCAUAUAA